AUGUCCCUGGCAAGUGAUCUGCCAUUUCUAGGCCCACGUUCUGGUCCUUCAAGCAUGGAGCUUAAGCAACUAUCUCGACGACCAAAACACCAUAUCUCACCAACUCUCGGAGAGCUUCUGCAAUUCGUCGGAGAUGCCAAUUCUUCUCCCAACGCCGGCCAUGGCGUUUCUGAUCCACUUCAUGCAUCACCUUUUGUUCUUUCAUUCAAUAGUCUCACAUACAGUGUUAAAGUCUCUAGAAAGACGGCCGUUCCUAAUUCACAAGUCGGUGGUAAGGCGGAGAUGUCGAACACCAAGGUUUUGUUGGAUGAUAUCUCCGGCGAGGCGAGGGAAGGCGAAAUCAUGGCGGUGCUUGGUGCCAGUGGAUCGGGAAAGUCGACGUUGAUCGACGCACUUGCAAAACAGGAUUGCGAGAGGGAGCUUGAAAGGUACGGUGACGUUGAACGGUGA